AUGACUGAAAAAGCAAGAGCCAUCAAGAGAGCCUUUGUAAUAGAGGAAGAAAAAAGUUUAUCCUCCGAGGAGAGUAUUGUGUGGUUGGAUGAAGAUACACUCAACCAAUACAAACUAAUUAUUGACCAAUAUACAACAAUUUCUUUGGAUUAUGUUUCCUCAACAUCGGGAGAAAAAUUGAAAAUUAAAAUUUAUGCCAAGAUUAAAUUGGAUAGGAAUAUCAUUGCAAAGCAGGCCAAAAUUUCUAAAUAUUUAUAUGAGGAAUUUAUGAAUAGGAUAGUGAAAGCAUUUCCGAAUGAUAAUGUAAAUAUUAGUGAUCAACAAUUGCUGGUUUUUAUUUCUGGGCAAGUGAAUAGAGAGGAUGCUCUUGUUGCUAAUGAAUUGAAAUUGAUUUUUCAUUCUGUAGAAAAAUUGGAUAAUUCCCCAAUUAUUGAUACAAUUCUUUCUAAUAGAACUCUAGUGAAAGAUUUAGUAUUAAUGAAUUCCGAUAGAUUUAAAUUAUGUUAUCAAUCGAAUUUAUUUUACACUUUUAAUAUUUUGGAAUUGAAAUUUAGAUUCAGAUUUGUUGGAUUCAACUCAAGCGAGGAGUUGACAAUCUUUAAAAUUAAUAACACUACAAAAUUUAACAUUCAAAGACAUCAAGAGCAACAACAGGAGUGUGGUACUACAAUAGAACACGAUGAUUCCCUUCAAGAUAUUUCAUUUGAAAAACUUGUUAAAAAGAUUACCAAUAAUCCAGAUAUUCCAAUUUAUCAUGAUGUUAUAGCCGAGCUUAUUUAUUAUAUUUUGAACGAGAGGUCACAUAUUUUGAUAACAGGAGAAGGAGGUGUGGGGAAAACCUUUUUGGUGAAUUACACAUUGGAAAAGUUAUCUGAAUUAGUUAAACAAACACACUUUGAAAAGAUAUUCAUAUCAGCAACUGACAUGUUUCAGAGUGGUCUUGGAGAGAGUGAAAAUGCAUUGAAGAGUUUACUUUUAUCAGCUCCAAGAAUUGAUGGCAAAGAAAUGAAAAAAGAAAUCAUCAAGCUUGUAGUUAUCGAUGAUAUCGAUAACAUGUUAACGAGUGAUAGUAGAUAUGAGAGUGGAAGAAUUGAUAGAAGUUUAAUAUCAGAGUUGGUACACUUUUUUGAUAUUCAGGCUCUGCAAAAUAGAAAAUCAAAUAUGAAAACAAUCAUUAUUGGUAUAACAAGUAAUGUUGAUAGAAUAGAUGGUUCAUUAAUUAGAGUAAAUCGUCUGGAAAAGGAAAUUGAGAUGAAAGUUCCAUCUCCAAACCAACGAUUGUCUAUCUUGAGAUAUUUGAUGAAAAAGUUUGAUUUAAACGAGUCUGAUGGAAAUAUCAAGUCAUGUCAACUUGAUACUCAAGGAUUUGUGUGGGCAGAUUUUGUUAAAUUACAGAGCUUACUCGACAUUGAAAAGAUGGAGAUUGGAAAACUCAAUUUUGACUCACUCAAAAAAUCAAUAUCACGAACAAAACCAAAAACAUAUUACCAAGAAAAACCAUCUGAAGAUUCAGAACUGACAGACAAUUUCUCAGAGAAUCUUGCUGGUAUUGAUAAGAUAAUUGACCAAGUGAAAUUAUCAGUUAUUUAUCCAUUUCUGAGAUAUGAUAAGUAUGUUGAUAUUGGAGUGCAAGUACCAAAAGGAAUGCUAAUUUAUGGACCUAAUGGAGUGGGUAAAUCCACUCUAGCCAUGUGCAUUGCAAGAGAAUGCAAAGCAAAUUUUAUUAGUGUCCAAUGUCCAGAUAUUUUAAGUAAGGUUGUAGGUGAAAGCAGUAGAGCUAUCAAACAACUAUUCGUGACAGCAAGAAAUUGUGCUCCGUGUAUUCUUUUCUUUGAUCAAUUUGAUUCAAUAGCAAGGAGUAGAAAUGAUGAGAGUGGAGGUUCAAGUAGUGAUAAAAUGUUAUCGACACUUCUUAUUGAAAUGGAUGGUGUUCAUCAACAUUACAAAAAGACUAGUUUAGCUGAUGAUGAAAUGGCUCAAAAUGAUAAUAUAUUCAUUCUCGCUGCAACAAAUAGAAUAGACCUACUGGACAGUGCUGUACUAAGACCUGGAAGAAUUGACCAACAUAUUUAUUUACCUCUUCCAGAUGAAGAAUCUAGAAUAGAGAUUUUAUUACUCAAAACAAAUGGAAUGCCAAUUAAGGAUUCUGAAAACUGUAUCGAUGAAAUGGCCAAAAGAACAAGUGGAUUUUCUGGAGCUGAUUUGGAUAAUUUAUGUCGUGAAGCUGCCAUACUUUGUCUGAGAGAAAAUAUGCAAAAUGAAUUCAUAGAAAAGAGUCAUUUUGAAAAGGCACUCCAAUCCAUAACAAAGAUUAAACCAAAUCUCAAUUGAAAAAGGUGCAACCAUUUAUUAUCUAUUGAUUGAACUCUAUUUUACAAUGAAGAUUUACUGUUUCUAAUUGCCAACUGCAAUUUUCAUCCACAUUUGAUUCAACACACAAAUUUAAAAAGGUCCAAUUCUGUAGUCCUUCCUAUUAAAUAACAAAAGUAUGCUU